AUGAAGUUCACCACCGCCUUCUCGAUUGCAGGUACUCUCCUCUCGGUAUCUGCCCAGAAUUUCGGUGCGGAACCUGCUUGUGCUAUCCCCUGUCUCCAGAGCGCCAUCUCCGUCGCCGGCUGCGGAGCCAACGAUCAAGCCUGCCAAUGCGGCACCGCCCAAACCGCCAUUCAAACCGCCGCAACCCCAUGUCUCAUCUCAGCCUGCAACGCCAAUGAGCUUGCAAGUGCCGCUAGCGUCGGCGCUGCACUCUGUGCUGCUUUCUCCGCUUCCGCAUCUGCAUCUGCAGUAACAGGAAGUGUAACUACAGAAGGAGGAAGUGCCAUCACUUCUGGAAAUCCAGGAGGUCUCGCUAGCUCGACCAGCGCGCCCGGGGCAAGCGGAAGUCCAUUGAGUUCUAGUGAUCCAGGCGGUGUCCUCAGCAUCCUCACCAAUACUAGCGUAUCUUCCACUGGGAGCGCAACAGAAAGCGCAACAGGAAGUGCACUAAGUUCUUCCAAUCUAGGAGGAGCAAUGAGCUCCGCAUCAGCUACAACAUCAAAUCCUGGCGGAGUAAUGAGUUCAGCUACAAGUACAACAUCUAGAUCCACAUCCACAUCCACAUCAUCCAGAACUACAGGUUCGGCAACAUCAAGCUCACCUACAUCUGCUACGACUAACGCAGCGCCUACGGUGGGUGUUAAGAUGGUAGGAGGAUUGAUGGGAGCGGCGUUGGGAGUUGUGGCUCUUUUGUGA